AUGACUACCCAAUCUUCUUCACAAACCGGCAUUGUCCUUAUUGAUGCAUACAAUGACUUCCUCCAUCACGAUGGCAAGCUGAACCCGGCCGUCCGAGAGUCUCUCACGGCGACCGAUACAAACAAGCAUCUGAAGACGCUUGUCGAUGCCGCCCGCGAACUGCAUAUUCCAAUCUUCUACGCUAUGCACCAAGAGUGGAAGGAGGGUAACUACCAAGGGUGGAACCACUUAUCAACGUCCAACUCGAGACUCAACAUGGCUAAGGCCUUUGAGAAAGGAACAUGGGGGGCAGAGUUUCUGGAAGGUCUUGAGCCAGAUGUGCUUGGCAACGGGGAUGUAGUUGCCACCAAGCAUUGGAACAGCAGUGGAUUUGUCAACACAGACUUGAACUAUCAGCUGCGUCAGCGGGGAAUCACUCACCUCGUCAUGACUGGCAUGGUUGCCAACACUUGUCUGGAGUCAACUGCCCGUGACGCCAGGGAGCUUGGCUUCCACGUGACAUUGCUGUCUGACGGUACAGCUGGGUUUACAGGUGCGCAGAAAGAUGCCGCGACAGACCUUAUCUGGCCGCUCAUCGUGGAGAAGGUUAUGAAAGUGGACGAAUGGGUUAAAGAGGCACGCCAGAGCCAGUCGUAA